GAUUCGACCCCUAUCCUGGGAACCUCCAUAUGCCACAUGUGUGGACCUAAAAAAAAUAAAUAAAAUAAAACAACCAGACGGUUUUAGAAAAGUCCAGCAGAGUGCUCCCAGCCCAGAGGGAGCUAGACUGAAGGCUCGGGAAGGGAGUUUGGGGCAUGCAGUUGAGGACAGGGUUCAUGUUUUUAAACUAGAAGAGGGUGGCUGUGUAAAAAACAAAAAUAGAAUCUCUGUAUGGGAGAGAGUCCAAGAGGAACGGUUAGGGACUCUGGAAAAAGCAGCUCACAAGAAGUUAAAUGUCCUCACGCACUACCCAGCUCUGCCGCAAACAUUGACAUGGUGCUAAAGCAAGUGGCGUCACUGUUUUGACCUAAGGUCGGGGUGGGAUGGGAGAUAAGGGUCCUGAAGAGCCAAAUCCACAGCCAUCCUUAAAGACUGAAUCGUUGAUGUCUCAGAUGGAUGUCAAGGAAUAGGGAGCCCAGCAUUUUUAAAGGCACACAACUACAUAGUCUUAAGAGGGAAUGAUAAACUGUUAACCUGUUAGCUCCGAGGACAGAGCCUGGGCACUGAAGAAGGAAGAGUCUGUCUUUUGGUUGUACUGUUUAUGUUUUCCUAUGAGCAUGUACUACUCUGUAAAUAAAAACAAGGAGUUCCCUUGUGGCACAGCAGCUUACAGAUCCAGCAUUGUCACUGCGGUAGCUUGGGUCGCUCCUCUGGCAUGGGUUUGAUCCCUGGCCCAGGAACUUCCACAUGCUGCAGGCACAGCCAAAAAUAAACAUAAAAUAAAAUCAAGAUUUAAUGUUGGUUUUUUAAAAUUAUUAAUGAAAAAGUUAAUUUGGCAGAAAUUGUACACCAGGAGUUAGCGGCAGAAGAAAUCAGUGCUAGUUAGGAAGAAACUAGAUAAAACUUUUUUAAAGUUUAUGCACUUGAAUUGUGCUUUGUCAUAGAAACAUGAGUUCCGGCAGGGAAGGGUAAGAUAUCGCAUGGCUGCAUGGACUCUUUUAUUUACAGCAUUUUAUUUUACUGGCACAGUAAAACCGUAACUGUACUGCUGGGAGAAUAGAUGGUUCUAAUUAAUUUAAUUUUCAGAGUAAUAAAAUUAAGAAAUCAUUUUUAUGCCAUCUUCUGUAGAUCACCUUUUUACAAUGUAGCUAGCUCUGCUUGCCUACUUUAUUAAGUUCAAGAUCUGAAGAUAAUUUAGGGCGGUCAUUAUGCUCUAGAUUAAGAAAAGAUAACGGUAGAGGCGGGCAGCCACUGCAUUCCCUGGGGUGCAUCGUGUUCCCUUCUUCCCUAGACAUGCGGCAGCAGUGUGGUGAUUACAGCACCAACCCAGCACUCAGAGGAGAGCUGGCCUGUAACGUGCAAGACUAUUUGAAUAAGGUCCCUUAGUGUCUCUGCACCUUUUAACAUGAAAAUACUCCGAAAAGAUGUCACCUAAGACCGUGAAUAAUAAUCACCUUCCAAGCUUGGUAAAUGUUCUGACCUUUUAAAAAGUUUCUCAGCCCUGGCUGAUCGUUGGAGUCAUCAGGAAGCUUUUGAAACUGCUGAUGUCUGAGUUGUGUGCCCAGAGGUUUCACCAAAAAGGGUUGCAGCCUUGGCAUUGGAGGUUUUUAAAACUUUCCAGGUGGUUCCUCUUUUUUUUUCCCUUCCCAUGGCUGCACCCCUGGUAUAUGGAAGUUCCUUGGCCAGGGACUGAACUCGCACCACAGCAGUGACCCCAGCUCCUUCAGUGACAACAUGGGAUCCUUAACCCUCUGCCCCAUAAGACACCUCCCCCAGGUGAUUCAGAUGAGCAGCCAAGAACCACCCUUUGAAAGGAGGAGUCUAAGUCCGUCCCACCCCCCUUCCCCGCCCCAUGUUGAUUUAACUCAUUUUUAUUACGGUGAUACUCAAAUAUGGACAGACUGACACCAGGUUGAGAUUCCUUGUGCAUUUAGUAGUUUAUGUAAGUCACAUUUACAAAUUAAAAACAAACUCCAAAAUUAAUAAACAGCAGCGACGUGUGGACAGUGACAUUCUGCUGAGGCUUUAUUGUGUGUGUAAUAUUCCUUCUGCUGGUCGGUCAAGCCCUCCUUCCCACCUGUAUGCAUAUGGGCCCUCUCGGGAGGUAGAAGUCACGUGGUGAUGUAAACAGGGAGAGUUUAUUCUCGAGAAAUUAAACUGCAUGCUAGCCAGGGCUGAGGAAGGACUGCUGGAAGCUGGCCCCUCCUGGGGCCGGGGAAGGACUGCUGGUCACCGAGAGUGAGCCUCCACCCUGGGAAAGCCACAGCCGGUAGCCCGGUGCUCGGGCUCACAGGAGCCCUUGUGGUGGCCCUCCUGGUGCCAGACUGCAUUUGGUGGCCAGUGCACAGGUGUGCAGAGGAGAUAGGAGUGUAAGCAUCAUGGGCACGGGGCAUGUGGCAUCCCCAUCAGAAGGGUUAUAGCCAUGUCGCUGGGAGAGGACCACAGAGACUGGUGUGGGAGAGGAGCGAGCAGUGGGUGCCUGUAGUGGUGACAGUAUCAUGGCAAGGUGACCCUUGAUCAAGCCAGAGCUACAAGGUUGCUAAGAGACUGCCCUUUGUGGGCCCACAGCUGGGGUCCUCACCAAGAGCCCUGAGAGCCGCGUGCUUGCCCCGCCCCGAUGCACAGAGCAGCCAGAGACUGUGGGACAGUGCCUUCCUCCUGCAGAUCCUCCUAGCACCCUUCUCUGGGACACCUCCGCAUUGCAUUUGUGGGGGGGACAGCUGUUGGUUACUGCAGAGUGAGUGCUAAAGGGUGACCCAAGCUCCAGGCAGUAAACGGAUAACUGACACCACACCCUGUCCCAACCAGACAGGUCUGCAGGAUGUAAGCCAUAGCUCACGGGCUGUCUCUUCCAGCGUGGCUCUGUGCCACAUCCACUGUGCCCUUAUCGUGGCUCCCUGUGCCGUGCAGGGAUCAUUGUUUAAAAAACCAUUGGCUUGUCAAACAAAUGGAAAGUGUGUACAUAAGCAUCCCCUCCCAAGACUGAUUUGGUUGGGCUAGGGUGGGACCCAGGCAUCUGUACUUAAAAGGGUGGGGCCCAGGAACCCUCACUUACUGGGGUGGGACCCAGGAACCUUCACUUUUGAUGGGGUGGGACCCACAAAGCCACACUUUACUAGGUAGAUUCUGGUGAUGGUGGUCCCUGAGCAGCACUGUGAGCUGUGGUGUAGGUCACAGAUGUGGCUCAGAUCGCACGUUGCUGUGGCUCUGGUGUAGGUGAGCAGCUGUAUCUCUGAUUCAACUUGUAGCCUGGGAACUUCCAUAUGCUGUGGGUGCAGCCCUAAAAAGCAAGAAAAGAAAAAGAAAAAAAGAAAUGCUGGCUGGGCUGGACUGCAGGAACUGUGUCUUUCUGACUUUGUACCCUUGGUGCCCAGUACACUGCGUGGUAGGAGGUGGGCGUUCAGCAGAUGUGGGCCAAGUGAAUGACCCACACGUGUCCGAGCCACCUGCCCUCGUGCUUAGAGGAGCGGAGCCUGUGGUGACGCGAAUGACUGCACGGAACCCCUCGGAGGGUCCUUCUUUACACCGCGUGUGAAACUCUGACCUAAACCUUAAUGCAGCUCAUGCGUUUUCUUUUUUUGAUCCAACAUGGACAUUAUACUAAUUCCACUUUCCUCUAAUUUUAAUAGGGAGAAAGAACAAGAAACACAAAAAGAGGAACGUUUGAUGGAAGAAAAGAAAAAGAAAAAGCAGGAAGAAAAGAAAAAGAAGGAAGGUGCUCAGAAAAAGGCUGCUGAUCAAAAAACCAAAGUGCCAGAACCUACUAAGACCUGUCCAGGCCAGCCCCAACCUGCCGGGACCAGUUCCAGUACUUCCACCAGCACUCUCUCCAGCAGCAGCAAUGGCAAACGUGCGUCCGCCGGCGGCCAGCAGCCAGCUGCAUCCCGUUACCUGCCUCGCGAGGUGCCUCCCCGCUUCCGCCAGCAAGAACAGAAGCAGCUGUUAAAGAGAGGUCAGCCACUGCCCACCGGGGCUCUGACCAGCGGGAGCCCCACCCAGGGUGCGGGGCCUGCGGGGCUGAGCCCUCCCCCGCUGCCUGGAGCCGGAGCGCCGCAGCACCCCAGCAAGCCCCAAGCAGAUCUCGGUCACAGUGGACUGCCCGAUCAUUAUGACAGUUCGCCCUGGGGACAGCCGCCCACCUACAGAAGCGAAGCCCCCUGCAGCUGGGAUAAAGUGAUCGUCGCCAGGACUGACACGGAGGCGUGGCCUUCCCUCACAGGAGCAGAGACGGAAUCUGCCUCAGAAUGCACCACGGACACUGACUCUGCCUCCAACUGUGGCUCGGAGAACAGUAGCAUGGCUACAGGGGGUGCCCAGGGCGGCUUCACUGGACAGACCAAGAAGCCCAACGGCAAUAAUGGCACCAGCGGCGCCCUCGUCCACAGCCCUCCCGGCCAGAGUGCCCUCGGAGCGGGGGCAGCGAACAGCAGUGGACCUGCGGCCAGGGCGUGGGGCGUUGCCGCGGGCCCCGGCUCUGGCCUGGCUCACUGCCCCCUGGGCGGCGGGGAGGGGAAGCUGGCCAGCGUGAUCGGAGAUGGGAGGGGUCAGAACUGCUGGGGGGCUUCCACCUCCGGCGCCGGCAUUAACCUUAACCUUAACCCCAAUGCCAACCCAGCUGCCUGGCCUGUACUUGGACACGAGGGGACUGUGGCGACAGGCAACCCUUCCAGUAUUUGCAGUCCAGUCAGUGCCAUAGGUCACAACGUGGGCACCCAGAACGGGAACCCAGCGGGCACUUUAGGUGCUUGGGGAAGCUUGCUGCCGCAGGAGAGCCCAGACCCACCCACGUCCACCUCUCCGAGUGUGUCUUUCAGCGUUCCACCUCAGACCCUUAACACUGAUGGACCAGCUAACACUAACCCCGCGAGCGCUCCUCCAAACCCCGUCAAUGCAGUGCAGGCGAACGGCCUGCCAAACUGGGGCGUGGCGGUCGGCGUGGGGGCCGUCCUCCCGCCCCACCUGCAAGGCCUUCCUGGUGCUAACGGAUCGUCAGCUUCUCAAGUCAGCGCGGGGGGGGGCGAAGGAGUCAGCACUUCUGUGUGGGGCCUGUCCCCAGGCAACCCCGCCCCAGGAAAUAGCAGCUCUGGGUUCAGUCAGGGGAAUGGAGACACUGUGAACGCAGCAUUAAGUGCUAAGCAGAACGGAUCCAGCAGCGCUGUGCAGAAGGAAGGAAACGGAGGGAACGCGUGGGAUGCGGGACCUCCUGCUGGUCCCGGAAUCCUCGCCUGGGGCAGGGGCAGUGGCAGCAGUGGCGUCGGUAACAUCCAUUCAGGAGCUUGGGGCCACCCCGGCCGAAGCACCGCUGCCAACGGCGUGAAUGGGGAGUGGGGCAAGCCCCCGAACCAGCACUCCAGCGGCGACAUCGGCGGGAAAGGAGCCGCAGGGUGGGAUGGUCCGAGCGCUGGCAGCCAGAACCCUGCCGCGCCGCCCGGCAGCGAGCACGUGGCCUCUUGGGCCAAAGCCGCCUCUUCUGGAACCACGGCAAGUGACGGAAGCAGCGACGGUUCUGGCGGUCACGGCGAAGGGGGCGCUGGGAGGGAGGGAGCAGAAGGCCGAAGGCGAGACAAAGGGACGCCAGACCAAGGGCACCUCCAGUUGCCAAGGAGCGAUCUUGACCCGAGGGUUCUGUCCAAUUCUGGUUGGGGACAGACUCCAGUGAAGCAAAACACUGCCUGGGAAUUUGAGGAAUCCCCUAGGUCUGAGAGGAAGAGUGACAAUGGGACGGAGGCCUGGGGCUGUGCGGCUCCUCCGCCUUCACACUCAGGGGGGAAGAACGAUGGGUCCAUCACCAACAGUACAAAUACCUCUUCAGUAUCUGGGUGGGUCAGCUCACCCCCUGCUGCUGUGCCAGCAAACACAGGCUGGGGAGACAGCAGCAGCAAAGCGCCCAACGGCCCGGGGGUCUGGGGGGACGCGAUAAGCUCUACUGCUGUCACUAAUGCUGCUGCUGCCAAGAGUGGCCACGCCUGGGGCGGGACCGUAAGUCAGGAGGACAAGUCACCCACCUGGGCCGAGCCUCAGAAACCCAGGUCUCAGAACUGGGGAGAGGGACCCAAGUCGAAUCCCGCCUGGGGCGCAGGAGGCGGGGACUGGGCGGACUCGUCCUCUGUGCUGGGACACCUGGGGGACGGGAAAAAAGGCGGCUCCGGAUGGGAUGCUGAGGGCCCUCGGUCAGGGUCCGGGUGGAGUGAGGCUCCACGGUCCGGGCCCGGCGGCUGGGGCAACGGCACACACGCGAAGGUGAAUCCAGGGACGAGCUGGGGAGAGUCGUUAAAGCCUGGCCCCCAGCAGAGCUGGGCGAGCAAACCCCAAGACGCCAGCACCAGUAACUGGGGGGGCGCCGCCUCCGUUAAACAGACAGGAACAGGGUGGAUCGGGGGCCCGGUCCCUGUCAAACAGAAGGACAGCGGUGAGGCCACGGGCUGGGAAGAACCUUCCCCGCCCUCCAUUCGACGCAAAAUGGAAAUUGAUGACGGUACCUCAGCUUGGGGCGACCCGAGCACCUACCACAAUAAAACUGUAAACAUGUGGGACAGAAACAACCCGGGCAUCCAGAGCAGUGCCGCGGCCAGCACCGCCACCGCCACCACCACCACGAGCAACAGCGCCAGCGCGGCCGAGGCGCCCCCGGCACACCAGGCCGGCGCCCAGCUGAACCGGUCGCCGCUGCUCGGUCCAGUUCCGUCAGGCUGGGGAGAAAUGCCUGCUGUUCCUGCGAAGGCGGAGAGCUCCUGGGGAGCCACAUCCCCGCCUCCCGCCCUGGUGGACAACGGCACGGCCGCCUGGGGCAAGCCGCCCAGCAGCGGCAGCGGGUGGGGAGACCAGCCCCCCGAGCCCACGGUGACCUUCGCCAGAGCCGGCGCCCCCACCGCCGCCCCAGCCCUGUGCAAACCAGCUUCAAAAUCUAUGCAAGAAGGCUGGGGCAGCGGCGGGGACGACGCGAACCUCGGGGCCAGCCAGUGGGAAGACGAGGACGGGGGCGUGUGGAACAACGCCGCUUCCCAGGAAAGCACCUCCUCCUGCAGUUCCUGGGGGAACGCCCCCAAGAAAGGACUCCCGAAGGGCCUGAAACCAUCUGGCAAGCAGGACGAGGCUUGGAUCUUGACCCGGCUGAUCAAACAACUCACAGACAUGGGCUUCCCGAGAGAGCCGGCUGAAGAGGCCUUGAAGAGUAAUAAUAUGAAUCUUGACCAGGCCAUGAGCGCUCUGCUGGAAAAGAAGGUGGACGUGGACAAGCGUGGACUGGGAGUGACCGACUACAACGCAAUGGUCCCCAAGCCCCUUGGCUGCCGCCCGCCAAUCUCCAAAGAGUCUUCCGUGGACCGCCCCACCUUCCUUGACAAGGACGGCGGCCUCGUGGAAGAGCCCACGACUUCACCAUUUUUGCCUUCACCAAGCCUGAAGCUCCCCCUUUCCAACAGUGCACUCCCCAGUCAGGCCCUGGGCGGGAUGGCCUCAGGGCUGGGCAUGCAAAACUUGAAUUCUUCUAGACAGACCCCGAGUGGCAAUCUGGGCAUGUUUGGCAGCAGCGGAGCCGCACAAGCCAGGACCACGCAGCAGCCGCCACCGCCGCCCGCGCAGCCCCUGAGCUCCUCCCAGCCCAGUCUCCGCGCUCAAGUGCCUCAGUUUCUAUCCCCUCAGGUUCAAGCACAGCUUUUGCAGUUUGCAGCAAAAAACAUUGGUCUCAACCCUGCACUAUUAACCUCGCCAAUUAAUCCUCAGCAUAUGACGAUGUUGAACCAGCUCUAUCAGCUGCAGCUGGCAUACCAACGUUUACAGAUCCAGCAGCAGAUGUUACAGGCCCAGCGAAACGUUUCCGGACCCAUGAGACAACAGGAGCAGCAAGUUGCGCGCACAAUCACUAACCUGCAGCAGCAGAUCCAGCAGCACCAGCGCCAGCUGGCCCAGGCCCUGCUCGUGAAGCCGCCGCCGCCGCCCCCGCCACACCUGUCCCUGCACCCCUCUGCAGGCAAAUCGGCCCUGGACAGCUUCCCCCCCCACGCCCAGGCCCCCGGCCUCCCCGACCUGCAGACCAAAGAGCAGCAGUCUUCACCCAACACCUUUGCUCCCUACCCGCUCGCUGGACUGAAUCCAAACCUGAAUGUCAACAGCAUGGACAUGACUGGUGGUUUGUCCGUGAAGGACCCGUCUCAGUCCCAGUCCCGCCUCCCUCAGUGGACACACCCCAGCCCGAUGGACAGCUUACCCGGUGCUGCUUCUCCGCUCGACCAGAACCCCAGCAAGCAUGGUGCUAUCCCUGGAGGCCUGAGCCUUGGGCCUCCAGCUAAGUCCUCCAUCGAUGACUCCUACGGCCGGUACGAUCUGAUGCAGAACAGCGAGUCGCCAGCCAGCCCUCCCGUAGCUGUUCCCCACAGCUGGUCGCGUGCCAAAUCCGACAGCGAGAAAAUCUCAAACGGCUCCAGCAUCAACUGGCCCCCAGAAUUUCAUCCUGGAGUUCCGUGGAAAGGACUUCAGAACAUAGAUCCCGAGAAUGACCCUGACGUCACUCCUGGAAGUGUCCCCACCGGGCCGACCAUCAACACCACCAUACAGGACGUCAACCGCUACCUCCUCAAGAGCGGAGGGUCCCCCCCACCACCUCAGACCGCCACGCCGCCUUCCCUGAGUGCCCGGCCACUGGGUGCCUCCGGCUACAGUCGCUCCCUCAGCAGCAUUGCGCCCGCGCCUGGUCUCGCAGGUAAACUGUCAGACAUGAAGUCGACGUGGUCGUCUGGCCCUGCCUCCCACACGCAAGCCUCUCUGUCCCACGAACUGUGGAAGGUGCCCAGAAACACCACUGCGCCCACGAGGCCACCUCCAGGGUUAACCAACCCCAAGCCCUCCUCCACUUGGGGAGCCAGUCCCCUCGGCUGGACCAGCUCUUACUCCUCGGGUUCGGCCUGGAGCACUGACACCUCAGGAAGGACAAGCAGCUGGCUCGUUCUCCGCAACCUCACGCCCCAGAUCGACGGCUCCACCCUGCGGACGCUGUGUUUGCAGCACGGGCCUCUCAUCACCUUCCACCUGAACCUGACUCAAGGCAACGCCGUGGUCCGGUACAGCUCCAAGGAGGAAGCCGCCAAGGCCCAGAAGUCCCUGCACAUGUGUGUCCUGGGAAACACCACCAUCCUGGCCGAGUUCGCCGGCGAAGAAGAAGUGAACCGCUUCUUAGCGCAGGGCCAAGCACUGCCGCCCACCUCCAGCUGGCAGUCCAGCAGCGGGACGGGCCAGGCGCGGCUGGGCGCCUCGGGCGGCUCGCACGGCCUGGUGCGGAGCGACGCCGGCCACUGGAACGCCCCGUGCCUGGCGGGCAAGGGGAGCAGCGACCUGCUGUGGGGCGGGGUUCCCCAGUACUCGAGCAGCCUGUGGGGCCCCCCCAGCAGCGACGACGGCAGGGUCAUCGGCAGCCCCACCCCGCUGAACACUCUGCUUCCCGGCGACCUUCUCAGCGGGGAGUCCCUCUAGCCCGAGGCCGCGUGGGCGCCACCAUCAUCAGCACGGGGAAGACCCGCCGACCCUCUCCAGUCCGGGCGUCGCCGCGGACCCGGCAGCCCUUGCGAGUACCUCUGUCCAGUACUGAAGACGAGCCUCGGCCUCAGUCCUUGCGAACUGUUCCCGAGACAGUGCGGGCUGUGCUGGGCCCGUGUCGCGCGUGGCGACAGGAUGCUUCUCACAGCUUUUCAUUUUGUGUCGUCUUAUGUGUGUAUGGUGUGUUGUCCUUUUGAUUUUUUUAAGUAUAAAAGCUGCUUAGAAUAGUUCUAUCAUGAAGGGCACUUUGCAGAUUGUGGGCUGGAAAGGGUUAUUUUAUCACGGGGUGGGGGGGCGGGGGCGGGAGACGGGAAAGCCUAUUUAAGACGAGCCUGUGACGAUUAUGCACAUUCCCAGGGGCGGAGCCCGCAUCGGGGAGCUGGCGUCCAUCGCGCCCGGCGGGCCUGGCGGCCCAGACCAGUGAGCCGCGCGGAAGGAGCGGUCUGCCAUCUGCUCCCUGUCCCCACGGGUCCGCCUAUGCACAUUACCCUUGUUUCAUUACUUUUUCAUGUCAUUUUUUUAUCCCAAAAAAUAUUUUUUAAAAGUUAAAAAAAUAGACAUAUCAAACAUGCAAAUACUUGAAUCCAGCAGGCCAAUAAUGAAAUGUGAACACUUUCUAAUUCUCCACUUCCAGGUUGACAUCAGUACGCAGAAACAGGCUCUAGGAAACAUUUCUAAGUUCACAGCCUCUGUGUGUGCGCGCGUGCGUGUGUGCGUGUGCGUGUGGGUGUGAGUGGAAACCGAAGCACGUGUGCGUGUGCAGGUGUGUGCGCGUUUUCUGUGUCCGUGUGUGUGUUAAGUGUGUGAGAGAUUUAACUGUGGAUUUUCCCUUUUAUUCAGUAUGUGCUCUUUUUUUUCUUUUUCUUUUCCUUUUUUUUUUUCUUUUUUGGCGCAUUGGUCAAAGGUUUGUUAUUAUUAUUAGCUUCUAACUUUGCACUGAGUGUCCCUGCCCUUCCUUUAGCUAAUCCUAUACAUUAAAGAGAAUUCUUAGGACAGGGCUGGUGACAAUUCAUGUGUAAAUGUUUACUCAAGGACUCUGUUAUUGCGUUUAAAAAUUACAGUGUAUAUCUCUGGAGAAAUAAUAUGUAUACCUACCUUUAGCAGCUUUUUAUUGUGGACUAAUGCAAGAAAAUUAUUACCAGAGUAUUGCACCAUUUUUCCAUUUGGAAUAUAAAGUUAAAGAGAAAAAAAACUCUUGCUGAACUGUGGCCAUAGAUACUUGUGGAGGAUGGAUGGUUCCUCGGGAGGAACGGGAACAAGCACUUGGACGUGGGUUGUGACUGCUUUCGGAGGAGCCCGUGGUGAGGGCUCCCACCUGUUUACAGACCUUUUUUUCUCCUUCAGACUUUAAAAUUAAAAAAAAAAAAAAAAAAAAAAAAAAAAAAAAUUAAAAAAGGAAUUUAAAAAAAAAAAAAAAAGACUUCCGUCGUAAAGAAAGCUAUUUUCAGAAGCAGGUCCGCUCCUUCAGAGCUCUGGGAUUGAGCAGUGUUGUUUUCCCCUCCGGCCAUCGUCGUGGACUCUGUCCACUGUCCCUCCAUCGAGGGACGAGUGGUGGUCACUGUCUUGCACACGCGGAUGCGCUCUCAGGAAAGCCAGGGUUCCCGAGGGGCAGCUCCACACCAUUUCAUGUAUUUUGUAACCCAACUUCUAGCACUGAAGAUGUUAUUAAAAAAACAAGCAAACAAAAAACAAAGAAAAAAAAAAAGAAAAAAAGAGGAAAAAAAAAAC